AUGGCAACAGAAUACCCCCAUAAAAUUGCCCUCUUGGGGCUAGGCACCAUCGGCCUCUCCAUGCUAGCAAUGCAUCUCCGCCGUCCCGACACGAGUAUAACAGUCUAUGACCCACGACCAGACUACGAGUCUCAGAUCCGGACUGUCCUCCCUGGACUCCUAGACUCACCUCCCAAUGAAUCGAACAUAAUCGAUCGCCUGAUUGCCACAAACCGUCUCAAACUAGCCACAUCCUUACCCGAGGCCAUCAAUGAAGCGACAAUCAUACAAGAACAAAGUCCCGAGAUCACGACCUCGAAACAGGUGCUUUGGAAAGAAAUAUCCAAGCUGACUGGACCGGAGACCCAUUUAUGGAGCAGUUCGUCUGGAAUAGCAGCAUCUGCACAAGCAGCAACUUGCGAAACAGGGCACAAGGUUGCUGAAAGGUUGCUCGUAGCACAUCCAUUCAAUCCACCGCAUCUAAUGCCCCUUGUUGAAGUUGUCCCUGGACUUGAGACACAGCCUGAGAGGGUUGAAUUUGUGAAACAAUAUUUCAGAGACAUCCCCGGUCCGGCAACAGAUUCCUCGAGCAGUGCGGGGGAUCAGACCAUGUCGCAUUACCGCCCGGUCACGCUGCAUAAAGAGGUUCCUGGCUUUGUGGGUAACAGGCUUGCUUUUGCGUUAUUGAGGGAGGCCUGCCACCUUGUUGGGGAGGGGGUUGUUUCGGCUCAAGAUUUGGAUUCGAUUGUUACGGCUAGUUUGGGGCCCAGAUGGGCUGGUAGUGGUGUUUUCGAAAGCUAUCAUGCUGGCGGUGGAGAGGGUGGGAUUGAUGCUUUCUUGCAGAAGCUAUCGCCUACGAUCCAGGAUGUUUGGGGGGAUUUGGGGCAGAUUGAUAUUGCGGGUGAGCAAAGUUGGAGAGAUGUGGUUGUACAACAGACCGAAGAGGCCUAUGGGCCUUAUACUCCAGAGACGCGAAAGAAGAAAGAGGAGAUGCUGAGGAAUGUUGUUGAGAUGCAGAAGAAGAAAUGGGGGGAGUUAUCGUGA